AUGCUACUUUUAAUACCUCCUUUCCUCGUUAUUGCUGUUUUUCAAGUAAACACUUGGACGGUUUUCAUUAUGAGGCAUCUUCUAUUGAAGAACCAAACAUAUUUGGCAAGAAAAAUUGACGAAACUUAUAAGAUCGAGAUCCUAAAUUCCAUAAAGCUUAUUUCUAAGGAUGAUGAAAAUGAGUUUGAUCUUUUUGGAUUUUCAGGUAAACUAAUUCAACUGUUAAUGAUGUUAACAACUUCUUUUUUCCCUCUUGUACCCCAACUUCUAAUGAUACCAUCCAUUUCAUGGCAAUAUCUGAACGCCAUAUAUCUUCCUAAAGAGCUACCAGAUGACAGAUUUUGGAAAAAUAAGUCAUCUUUCCUAAGUUUUGGACUCAUGGCUGCUUGUCUAGAGGCUAUUCCAUUUGUUUCAGGUUUGACAUUCACCACUAAUUACUUGGGGGGCACAAUGAUGGCAGUUGAUAUGGAUGAACUCCAUUUUGCAUGA